UUGGAAGGGGCGGUGCUACCCUUCGGACCUCAAGGUUCCUCUUGGUCUGAGCGCACCGCAGUUCUUUGUGGAAGGCCGUGCAGGCGAGCGAUGACUGCGUCGGACGCAGGGCCCAGCGUCCGCGAGAUUUUUUCCACUCUGGAGUACGGACCCGCGCCGGAGAGCCACGCAUGCGCACUGGCCUGGCUGGACACCCAGGACCGCCUCCUGGGCCACUAUGUAAAUGGGAAGUGGCUAAAGCCAGAAGACAGGAAUUCCGUGCCAUGCCAGGACCCCGUCACAGGAGAGAAUUUGGCCAGUUGCCUCCUGGCAGAGCCUGACGAUGUGGCUGCAGCAGUGAAGGCAGCCUUGGAGGUCCUGGGAAGCUGGAGCAGAGUCCCUGGAGCCAAACGGGCCCAGCACCUGACCAGGCUGGCUAAGAUGAUCCAGAAGCACCAGCGGCUGCUGUGGACACUGGAUUCCCUGGUCACUGGGCGGGCUGUUAGGGAGAUUCGAGAUAGGGAUGUCCUGCUGGCCCAGCAGCUGCUUCAGUACCAGGCAGUCCAGGCCCAAGUUCAAGAAGAGGCGCUGGCAGGCUGGAAGCCCAUGGGAGUCAUCGGCCUCAUCUUACCACCUACAUUCUCCUUCCUGGAGAUGAUGUGGAGGAUUUGCCCAGCCUUGGCAGUAGGCUGCACCGUGGUGGCCAUUGUGCCCUCAGCCUCCCCGACACCCCUCCUUCUGGCCCAGCUGGCAGGGGAGCUCGGCGCCUUCUGUGGGAUCCUCAAUGUGAUUAUUGGCCCUGCCUCCCUGGGGGCCACCCUGGGCCUCUGUCCUGGGGUGCAGAAAGUGGCCUUCUGUGGAGCCGUGGAGGAAGCACGUGUGCUGCGGCAGAGCCUGGCGGGCCAGAGGCUGGAGCUGAGCCUCGCGUUGGGCACAGAGUCAUUGCUGCUGCUCAUGGACUCAGCUGACCUGGACUCAGCCGUGGAGGGUGUUGUGGACGCAGCCUGGUCUGACCGCAGCCCGGGAGGUCUCAGGCUCCUGGUCCAAGAAUCUGUGUGGGAGGAAACCUUCAGGCGACUCCAGACCAGGAUGGGGCAGCUAAGGUGUGGCCGAGGACUAGAUGGGGCCGUGGACAUGGGAACCCGGGGGGCCGCUGCCCACUAUGUGGCCCAGUGCUAUGUGCAGGAGGCCCAGAGCCAGGGUGCGGAGGUGUUCCAGGCCAUCCCUGUGCUCUCAGCCAGCCCAUUCUAUCCCCCAACAUUGGUCUCGGGUCUGCCCCCCGCCUCACCAUGCGCCCAGGCAGAAGUGCCUUGGCCUCUGGUCGUGGCCUCCUCUUUCCGCACAGCCAAGGAGGCACUGGCAGUGGCAAACAGCACACCUCGGGGAGGCAGCGCCAGCGUGUGGAGCGAGAGGCUGGGGCAGGCACUGGAGCUGGCCUACGGGCUCCGGGUGGGCACAGUGUGGGUCAACAGCCAUGGCCUCAGAGACCCCGCAGUGCCCACAGGUGGUUGCAAGGAGAGUGGGUCUUCCUGGCACGGGGGCCUGGAUGGUCUGUAUGAGUACCUGCAGCCCUCAGGGACCCCUGAGCGGCUGCCCUUUGAGUACCAAGAUCUGAACUAUGACAGCUUUGGUCUCACUGUACCAGUGAGCCUCCCGGCAGGGCCUGAAACAGGACCCAGCCCAGUGCCCCCCUAUGGGCUCUUCGUAGGGGGCCGAUUCCAGCCUCCUGGGGCCUGGAGCUCCAGGCCCAUCUGGGACUCCUCUGGGAACCUCCAUGGCUAUGUGGCUGAGGGCGGAGCCAAGGACGUGCGAGGCGCCGUGGAGGCUGCUCACCAGGCCGCUGCUGGCUGGGAGCAUCAGCCUCCAGGGGUCCGGGCGACCCUGCUAGUGGCGCUGGCGGCUGCGCUGGAACGCAGGGGAGCUGGCCUGGCCGAGAGGCUGCAGCAGCACGGAGCCGAUCCAGAGGCUGCCAAGACGGAGGUGGAGCUCAGUGCAGGGCGACUCCGGCUAUGGGCGGCCUACGCCCAGGCUCAGGCCCAGGGCCACACCCUGCAGGUAGCAGGGCUCAAAGGCCCUGUGCUGCGGCUUCGGGAGCCACUUGGUGUGCUGGCCAUUGUGUGCCCUGAUGAGUGGCCUCUGCUUGCCUUCGUGUCCCUGCUGGCCCCCGCCCUGGCUCACGGCAAUGCUGUGGUCUUGGUGCCCAGCAGGACCUGUCCCCUGCUGGCCCUGGAGGUUUGCCAGAGCCUCACAGCCACACUCCAGUGCUCACUCUUUCACCCCCAGGAUGUGGCCUCCAUGUUCCCCGCUGGCCUGGUGAACGUGGUGACGGGAGAUUGUGACCACCUGACGCGCUGCCUGGCCUUGCACCAAGACGUUCAGGCCCUGUGGUACUUCGGAUCUGCCAAGGGCUCCCAGUUUGUGGAGUGGGCCUCAGCAGGGAACCUCAAGCCCGUGUGGGUGAACAGAGGCCACCCUCGGGCUUGGGAUCAGGAGCCCCAGGGGACAGGCUCAGAGCUGGCACUGCGGGCAGCACGAACCAAGGCCCUGUGGCUGCCCAUGGGGGACUGAUGCCCAGUGCCAGUCCCAUGGGGUGGAGACAAACCCAGCAGACACCAGGCAACUGGAACUUUCCUCUCAUGCUCCUGUGUCCUCCAAUAAACUGUCUGACCAA